AUGCAAGCGAUGCUUUCUCGCUCCCCCCUGGCCGCCUACAGCUUCUCCAACGAUGAGGGCGCAAACAUUCGCGUCUGUUACCAGGACCAUCAUGGCACCAUCGGCCAGAUCUUCUACGACGACGUCCAGGGAUGGCAUCCAGGCACUCAUGGCGUCGUUGGGCGUGCGGACCUCAACACCGGUAUUGCCGCCACGGUCUGGGACGGUGGGAAAGAGGAGCGUGUGUACUACAUCAGCGGGGGUAAACUUGUAGAGCGUUGCCACAGUCAAGGCAGACGUGGCUGGUACGACGGCAAACUCACCGGCAUGUUCCCUGUCGCCCACUACUCGCAGCUAGCUGUCACAUGCGGUCCGGUCGGCGGCAGCGAAGUCUACCUCAGGGUUUACUACCAAGAUUGCGACAACGUUGGUCGCCAACUUUGCAAGGACCGCAGCAGCGAGUGGAUAAAUGGAGAUUUGGUGCUUAGUAUGGCCAUCCCUGGAACUAGCAUCGCGGUUUCGAAACCUCAAAAGAUACAGUUGGCCACACCCGCGGGGGUGCUCUUCCAGCUUGACAAUACACAACUGACCGAGCAGCAGCCAAUCAUAGCUGGAAGGACAAAGGAAGGCGGUUUCGAAUCACAGCUUCUAUAUAACCCGGGUGCAUCUAUUGCCUGUGUCUCCUACGGAAACGAUAACCGAAUGGCGUACACAGUAGAUCGGGACAACAAGCUGUGCGUGACGGAGUCUAUUACCGGCAGUAAUAACUGGGGAGAGACGAAGCAGUUGACUACAGUCAUCCCGCAGUCCAGUGUAGCGGCAGUAAUAGUCCCAAGGAGCCUACCACAAGUCAGAAUCUACACCCAGGUGGCUCCGGGUCAGAUUGCAGAGUGGGGUACAGAUGAUGGAAGGAACUACUCGCUGAUGAGAGCACAACUUCCUGGUAUGGUGGUGCCAGGGACUGUGCUGCCGGUCGGGAUGUAUGUACAGAUCCAGGACUAUGUAUGA